ACCGGAUAUGGCGCCUACACGGUCAGCACGGGCGGCGUCUGCGGCAGCCUCAAAAUACUCAAUCCAGGCCAGCAGCAGCAGCAGCGCAUACUGAGCUCGCUGCGUAGGGAUAGCACUACGGCGCCGCCAAAUGCGAUCGUGGUGGGGAUGGCGGCACCAUCGCCUGGCAGCGACUCCAACGCCUCAAAUGCUAGUGGAUUUGCGGUGCCCACGAACUUGUCGUCGACUUCUGGUGGCGGGAGUGGAGCGCUUAAUGCGCUGCUCACCAAUGCUGCCACGCCCUCGCCGUCUGGUUCGGAUCACUCGCAGUCGUCGCAAACGCACCAGAACCAGGUGCUGCUUGAUAGGCUCAGCAAUGUGACCUCGAAUGUGUCCGCCGUGUCAGCAGUAGCCAUGCCGCACAUGUCGCCGCAACAGGCGGCUUCAGCACAAGCGAACCAGCAACAGCAGCAGUUCAUUACCAAGACACUGGUACACUCGCCCGCCACCUCAUCCAUACACUCGCCCAUGUCUAGUCCGCAUCCGCAGCCGUCGGCCUCGCCGCAGCAGCAGCAGCAGACGACUGCUACGCUUAACCUACAGGGUAUCAAUCUGUCACAGCUGCAGGGCGCAAUGGCAAACUUUGCUGGUCUGCAGAAUGUACAGGUGCAGAUUCCGGGCUUUACGCAGCCCAUUUCACUGCAGUUCUCCGGCAACAGUCUGCAGGCGCCAGUGCAGGUGCAGCAGCAGCAAUCACAGCAGCAGGCCUCGUCAGGCAGCGCCACGGCAAGCGGAGGUUUGGCGCCGGCGCAGUCGCAGCAGCGCAGCGUGCUGGUCUCAGUGCCCGUAUCCACGCAGCAACAGCAGCUGUCCCACACUAUCACAUUGCAGACGCAAACGUCGCCUCAGCAGCAACAGCAUCAGCAUCAGCAUCAGCAUCAGCAUGCGCCGCCCACAGGCACCAUUGUUAGCCUGCCCUCUGCGGUGGCUGGCACCCAAACGGUGGUCAUAACAAAUAACGCAACUGCCAGCGGAGGAGGAAACGGAGGCGGGGGCAAUGCCAGUGGAACGGGAGCUACAACGGCAAUGCUCACGCUGCCCAUUGCUCAACUAGUCGGUGCCGGCGUACAGAAACUCAAUCCUCAAACAAUACGUACCUCAAGUGGUGGUGGUGUAGGUGUUGUAGCGACUUCAGCCACCGCAGCUAUCCAGCCGAGAGCGCGCAGCGUACAGGUGGUGGGCACCAAGCAGCUGACCAGUAGCCGACAGUUGCUCACCACACAGCGCCAGAUUGGCGGCUCCACGUUAAAGAUUGCGACAACUCCAGUCAACGCCAAUGCCGUUACCAAUAGCAGUAACAUCAGUGCCGGGCCCAUUGUGAUGUCUGCGCAGAAGAUGCAACUGAAGACCGUCAAGGCCCCGACGCAACAGUCACUUCAGCAGCAACAGCAGCAGCAGCAUCGAAUACUCAAUCAGAGCACCGCCACAGCCGCCUCACAGACGCUGCCUAGUCCAAGUCAAGUGCAACACCAACAGCUACAGCACAUACAAAUCGCUGGACGCCAGGCUCCGACCAACGCAAGUGUCAUCAAUCAACGUACCCUAACGGCCAUUGCAGUGGCCAAGCAGCAGCAGCAACAGGCAGCGGUCAAUCGACGGCGAUCCACCACAGAUGCAACUAAGUAAUAGCGCUGCUUCUCUAUCCUAGCCCACGGACAAAGCAAUGGGCACAGUAAUUGCUACUGAUGUUGGCAAUUAAUACAGCCGAACUAUUAAUUUUGAUUAAUUGAGGAGAGGAGACAAGUAAUAAGGCUACGCGUUAUGUAUUUGCAUGAUAUUAUAGUUUAUGUUUACAACUUAAAUAGCACUACUGCAUACAUUGUAUACCCAUAUAUCUGCAUAUAUUUUGAUGUGUAUAAUUGUAAGUGUAAAUUGUGUGGGCCUAUGGACUGCUCAAGCUGUACGAGAUCAAUUUGGACACAUCUUGUUAGUACGGGAAGCUAAAUGUGAUUCUCGUUUCCGGCGAUUGCGUUGAUGACUGCGCUUGUGUUUAGUGUGCCCCUUGCAGUAACUACUGCUAAACUACAAAACAAAUUAAGUGUAAAGCUCUUAUUAAUAUUUAUCUAAUUGUACAUAUUGAUUGUUUCAUAUUUACGUGCGCCGAAAAGCCAUUUCAACAAUGUCUAUUAGUUUGGCUCUCCAACUCCAAUUUGUUACACUCUAAGACUAGCUACGUAAGCGUGCGUGCUAACUUUAAGCUUAAGUGCAGUAAGGUAGGAAGGCAGAAAGGUCCUCAAAUGCAAAAUGAAAACAAAAGAAAGCAAUAAUAAGAAAACCCACAAAAUGUAAAAUUGAUUGUAAACCAGAAUACGGCUAACUAUUACGAUUUGGAUUAGUUACAAAUGUAUGAACAGUUGUAAUGGUUCAUAUAAAUAUAAAUAUACAUAUGCAUAUUGUACUAUUAUAAA